AAUGCUGGCUCCACCACAACAAAUGCUGCCUCGACGACUACCAGCGGCGCCUCCUCCACCAUGUCAAAUGCUGGCUCCACCACGACAAAUGCUGCCUCGACGACUACCAGCAGCGCCUCCUCCACCACGUCAAAUGCUGGCUCCACCACGUCAAAUGCUGGCUCCACCACGUCAAAUGCUGGCUCCACCACGUCAAAUGCUGGCUCCACCACAACAAAUGCUGCCUCGACGACAACCAGCGGGGCCUCCUCCACCAUGUCAAAUGCUGGCUCCACCACGACAAAUGCUGCCUCGACGAUGAGCAGCGUCACCUCCUCGACCACAAAUAGUGUUUCCUCGACGACUACCAGCGGCGCCUCCUCCACCACCAGCGGCACCUCCUCCACCACAAAUGGUGCUGCCUCGACGACUACUAACAGCGCCUCCUCAACCACGUCAAAUGCUGGCUCCACCACGAAAAAUGCUGCAUCGACGACUACCAGCGCCGCCUCCUCCACCACGUCAAAUGCUGGCUCCACCACGUCAAAUGCUGGCUCCACCACGACAAAUGCUGCCUCGACGACAACCAGCGGCGCCUCCUCCACCAUGUCAAAUGCUGGCUCCACCACGACAAAUGCUGCCUCGACGAUGAGCAGCGUCACCUCCUCGACCACAAAUCGUGUUUCCUGGACGACUACCAGCGGCACCUCCUCCAUCACGUCAAAUGCUGGCUCCACUACGACUACCAGCGGCGCCUCCUCCAUCACGUCAAAUGCUGGCUCCACUACGACUACCAGCGACGCCUACUCCACCACGUCAAAUGUUCGCUCCACCACAACAAAUGCUGCCUUGACGACAACAAGCAGCGCCUCCUCCACCACGACAAAUGCUGCCUCGACGACUACCAGUGGUGCCUCUUUCACCAUGUCAAAUUGUUUCCUCAACGACUACCAGCGGCGCCUCCUCCACCACGUCAAAUGUUCACUCUACCACAACAAAUGCUGCCUUGACGACUACCAGCGGCGCCUCCUCCACCACGACAAAUGCUGCCUCUACGACUAG